CAUUUUUGAAAAAAAUUCGCCAUUCAGCUCGAGCACUGUUGCCAUUAUUAAAUUCUUAAAAGUAUAAAGUAUAUAUUUGAUUUAUAGAGGAUUUGCUAACACCAACAACUGUAAGUAGCUGAUAGUUUUACUAUAUGAUUAAAUGCAAGUAAUGAAUUUAAAUAAGUAAUUAAACUUUUCUUUAUUCAUAAAACUUGUGUGCAAGUCAUGAGUGAAAGAUUUACUGAAAGUAGAAUUGUGGAAAAACAUAAUUUCUAUUCUUUAACGUAGAGACCGAUAGCAACCACGUGAUCAGUAAAAAUCGUGUAUUUUCACGUGAAAUUAUUUUUCGGAAUUCCGUACAUCGCCAUAGAGUAGUCGAAAAACAAAAAGGGGUUCCGAAAGUACAAGUUGUUGCUGUGACUGAAUCGAUGAUUGAGAGGGUCGUCUCGACGAAAGAUAUAGAAAUUUGGCCAUAGUUUAGAUUAGGAAUACGCCAAUGUAAUAAUAGUGGACUAAAUGUUUCGUCCGUGCAGAAUGGCACUUUUUACCUCACGAAAUUCACCACCAUGCAUAGCUGCACUACGUAAACAAAGUUGUUGAUGUAGCGUGAUCGUGAUGUCCGAGUGCUGCGAGUUUCAAUACUGUUUAUGUAGUCAUUGAGAGUUUAAACAAAGUUUCUUCUGAGAAGAGGAAUUCGAUGGAUGCAUUCAACGUGGACAACGAAAUCAUAAUUUCGUUUGAUCGUAUGAUUAUAGUGGAUAUUCCAUGCAAAUGCGAUUCAUCGGAUAAAUCGUUAAUUCGCUUUGAUAAAAACUUUUUAUGAGGUUAUAACCUUCCGAAAAGAUGCAUAAGCCAAUGAAAAUUCGCGAGGAGAAUUCCAUUCGUUUAAGCUACGAUAACGCGGCAUUUACUAACUAUGCAGCUGAUGUAGCCACAAGUGACAAAGGAUUCGUAAUACAAAACUAUGAGAACUCUCCUCAAAGCUACCGAAAGCCAGUAACACUGAGUGUCCACAAUAACGUCAGAAAUGACAGUCAUUUCCUUAUAAAGCGAGCUGAGAAUGAAUCCGAAAAUUCAGAUUUGGGGAUCAAUUGUUAUAAAAACGACAAGUCAGUGACUGUGAUAGAUUUCACUAGACACUCAUCAUCCGAUGACAAAGUGAAAAAAGAACACUCUAAAAAAGAAACACUCAUGUCUUAUAUCAAGGAAAAAUUGUUGUCCAGUAAACCAAAUGUUGAGUCCGAGGGGAAGAAGACAGAAUUGGAAACUACAGAGGAAGUGAGAGAAACUUGGGGAAAGAAAAUUGACUUUCUUCUUUCUAUCAUUGGAUUUGCAGUGGAUUUGGGAAAUGUAUGGAGAUUUCCGUAUGUUUGCUACAAUAACGGAGGGGGGGCAUUUCUGGUGCCAUAUUUGUUGAUGUUAAUUUUCUUGGGACUGCCUUUGUUUUACAUGGAGUUAGCUCUUGGACAGUUUCAAAGAUGCGGUGCUAUCAGUGUUUGGAAAAGAAUUUGUCCAUUUUUUACAGGUGUUGGGUACGGUAUAUGCCUUGUGGCCACAUUCGUGGGGAUGUAUUAUAAUACUAUAAUAGCAUGGGGCGUAUUUUACUUGUUUGCCUCCUUUCGGUCUGAUGUGCCCUGGGCAGACUGCAAUAACACAUGGAAUACGGAGAACUGCAUGUCUUUAUCGAAAAGUUUCAACAAGAGCCUAGUAACGAACCUUACCAGGAGCGCUGCGAAUGAAUACUAUUUGAAUGAGGUAUUACAGGUUCAAGAUUCUCACGGGAUUGAGGAUAUAGGGGGUCCCCGAUGGCAGCUGGUCCUUUCGCUGGGUGCUGUGUUUUUUAUCGUGUAUUUCAGUAUAUGGAAAGGAAUUAAAUCAUCAGGAAAGGUAGUAUGGGUGACGGCUACCGUGCCCUAUUUAGUGUUGUUAAUCCUGUUGAUUCGGGGAUGCAUGCUGCCUGGUGCCGCGGAGGGCAUCAAAUAUUAUAUAACACCUGUCUGGCACAAGCUCCUGAACGAACAGGUGUGGAUUGAUGCCGCCUCACAGAUUUUCUUCUCCCUGGGACCAGGAUUUGGCACUCUUCUAGCCUUGUCCAGCUAUAAUAACUUUCACAACAACUGUUAUUAUGAUGCCAUAUCCGUGGGUGUCAUAAACUGUAUGACGAGUUUCCUUGCUGGUUUUGUAGUCUUUUCCGCGCUAGGCUACAUGGCACAAGCUCAAGGUGUUUCAAUAGAAGAUUUACCAACUAAUGGUCCAGGACUUGUGUUUGUGGCGUACCCGGAAGUCAUUGCCACAUUGAGUGGAUCAGUGUUUUGGUCCAUCAUUUUCUUCCUAAUGCUUAUUACUCUUGGCUUAGAUAGCACAUAUGGAGGUUUAGAAGCUGUUAUUACGGGGGUUUGUGAUGAGUAUCCAAAAAUUAAGCACCACCGGAAACUCUUCGUCCUCAUUUUAGUGCUAACGUGCUUUCUUGGGAGUCUGCCUACUGUUACAAACGGCGGCCAGUAUGUAAUCACUUUGUUUGAUAACCACGCGGCUCCGAUUUCCCUGCUCUUUAUUUGUUUUAUAGAAGCUAUAGCUGUCAACUGGUUUUACGGUUGUCAGAAAUUUUCUAAUGACAUUGAAAGUAUGCUUGGAUUUCAACCAGGAUUAUUUUGGAAAGUGUGCUGGGUUGGAAUUUGUCCCAUAUGUCUCUUGGUUUUGUUUGUUCUGUCUUGUUGGAAAUACAAGGGACUACAGUUGAUGGGUUACGAGUACCCACCUUGGGCCGUGGCUAUAGGAUGGUGUCUGACCACCUCUUCCAUUAUAUGUAUCCCUAUCUAUGGUGUCUACAAAUUUAGUAUCACACCUGGAACAUUAAAGCAGAAAAUCCUCAGAAUGAUUCGACCUACUGUGUUAGCUGACCAUUUGGUGCUAAUUGGAGCCACUUACAACAAAGACUCUUACACAAUUACCGUGAACUCUAAGAGUAUGCCGAACUUGGUCACAGCCGAGAGCACCAGUUCUUUGAAAACUUCUUAUAAAAUGAAUGGAGAGUUAUAAUCUGUGAAUAAUAUGAAGAUGGAUCAUACCUAAAUUAUGAUAAGAUGAAAUAAAUAGUUUAGUAUAAAUAAAAGAUUAUGUUUAAGAGCCAUUCUCUGUAAUCACUUAAACAUUUAUAUAAGGGGUCCGGCACGCACUGUCACCGAUUUUUUUCAAAUUUGGCAUAUCGACUUAAUCUGGCAUAAGUAAUGUAAAACCAUCAUAAUUUGGUUGCUAUGCAACUCUGUUGCCAUGGUAACACGUGCAUGCCAUUCAGGUCACAAAUGAGUCAAUUUUCACAUGAAAAAUUACAUUUUUUAUUCAACUAUGCUGGAUUAAACUGUUUGAGUUCUUAUUUAAUCAUUAUAAAAUGAUAAUAUAUAGCAUUUUUAUUUUUUAGUUUGAUAUUUAGUUAUAGGUUUGAAUAAUUCUGUUAUAUUUUCAUUCUGUCUGGAAAAGAGGGUUGUUUGAUACAUUCUGAAAAAGCUAAUUUAGAGGCAAAUUUGAAUGAUGGAUAAAAAUUCCCGCAUUUAGCUUGAAAUCUAUAAAUGCUUGUACAACAUACAUUAGAUAUAGUACUAUCAUAUAACAAUGAGACAUGUUUGGGAAUCUACCAUCUAAGCUGUGUUUCAUGGAAACAAAAUUAUGCAUUUCGUCAUUAGAGUAGAGAUGCAUUUUUCAAUGUAAUUCAAAAUACAAUUUUCUAUGUAUUCAAAGUAUAUAAUCUUAAUAACCGACUGCUACUGAUGUUAGAUUUUAAAUUUUAACAAGUUUAGUAUGAGAAUUCAUGUUUGUUGCCAUGGAAACGAAAAUUGCUAUUUCUUUUCAAAUUCGAAAUCCAUGCAAAAUAAAUAAAUUUUUAGACCCCCCCCCCCCCAAAUGCUUUUAUAGACAGAUUCAACUGAAGUCAAUGUUAUAGUUGAUAAAAUAUUAAUACUGAUAAAUAAUUCAUAUUACAUUGUUGCUAUGGUAACAAAAUAUCACAAAACAGCAAACUUGAUGUUCACAUUCUUUUAAAGUAAAUCUCAUUUUGUUAUACAUCAUGCAUGUUCUUCAAUCAUAAAAACUCUUAAUUUGUAACAGAUAAUUAAAUCAAUACAUAGGUUUUUUUGGGGUUUUUUUUUUUCAAAUGUGCAUGAUUUCUAUUUGUGUAUUGUACAUGUAUCACAAAUUGCAUUGUAUAUCUUUAGAAUUUAUCAAAAUAACUACCAUAUUUAGAAAAUGCAUAUUUGAAUAUUUCAGUUAUUUUUUUCACCUUGCCAAUCGAAUUAAGUGUGACAUUGGAAUUGAAUCAUUGAUCUUAAAAAUUGUUCAAGUUAAAUAAACUAAAUAGGAUACAUAAAGAUUGUAAUUUAUCAUUGAUUCAUGAGGAAUUACCCCCCCCCCCCCCCCCCCCCCUCUGCAGUUCAACAUUAGCUCUGCUUACUAUGUAUGUGCAAGAAAUAUUAUGUCAGUACCAUGUAUGAAAUCUAUUAAACUAACAUUUCUUAAUACAUGA